CCCUAUGGAUGCCCCCGUACAGAUUUUCCGGGAGAAGCUGGACUCUACCUGCUCCCCGGGGCCCUGUCGUCCCCCCAGCACCAGCAGCAGCUGGCUCCUGGGCUGGGCGGACUACGACGGCAAUGCCACCGGGGCCUUCGGGGACGCCCAGCACAACCACACCAGCAUCUCCCCCGCCAUCCCCAUCAUCAUCACUGCUGUCUACUCGGUGGUCUUCGUCGUUGGCUUGGUGGGAAACUCUCUGGUCAUGUUUGUCAUCAUAAGGUACACAAAGAUGAAGACAGCAACAAACAUCUACAUUUUCAAUCUGGCUAUGGCAGAUGCGCUAGUUACCACAACCAUGCCUUUCCAAAGCACUGAGUACCUGAUGAACUCUUGGCCCUUUGGUGAUGUGCUGUGUAAAAUAGUUAUUUCCAUUGACUAUUAUAACAUGUUUACCAGCAUAUUCACACUGACCAUGAUGAGCGUUGAUAGAUACAUUGCUGUGUGUCACCCUGUGAAGGCUCUGGACUUCCGUACGCCUCUCAAGGCAAAGAUAAUCAACAUCUGUAUCUGGCUACUGUCCUCAUCUGUUGGUAUAUCUGCGAUAGUUCUUGGAGGUACCAAAGUCAGGGAAGAUACUGCUAGCACUGAAUGCUCCUUGCAGUUUCCAGACAGAGACUACGUGUGGUGGGACAUCUUCAUGAAAAUCUGUGUCUUUGUCUUUGCAUUUGUUAUCCCAGUUCUCAUUAUAAUUGUUUGCUAUACUCUGAUGAUCCUGCGCCUUAAAAGCGUACGGCUUCUCUCAGGGUCUCGAGAAAAAGAUCGAAACCUGCGCCGCAUCACCAGGUUGGUUCUUGUGGUUGUGGCAGUUUUUGUUAUCUGUUGGACUCCUAUUCACAUCUUUGUGCUGGUUGAAGCGUUAGGGGAUGUGUCCCACAGUACUGCUGCUAUAUCCAGCUAUUACUUCUGUAUUGCUUUGGGUUACACCAACAGCAGCCUCAAUCCAAUCCUGUAUGCUUUUUUGGAUGAAAAUUUCAAGAGAUGUUUCAAGGACUUCUGCUUCCCCUUUAAGAUGAGGAUGGACAGGCAGAGCACCAGCAGAGUCAGAAACACUGUACAAGACCCGGCUUAUAUUGGGGAAGCAGAUGGGACAAACAAACCUGUAUGACUAGUCGUGGAAAUGUCAUCUUACUGUCCUCAAGGGAGAGAAGAGUCCAACGACCUAGGACUGACGCAGAUUACCACUGCGGUUUGAACUAGACUUACCUACACAGAUGUUUCUGGAAUAUUUCAGAAAUUCUAGUAGUUCGAACUAAAGCGAGUUUAUUAUCAACAAGCGAGAACCUCCUGAAAAUAAGCUCAAAUGAAAAGG